AUGUCCACUGAAGAAACAGACAGGGACACAGGAGCUUUAGGAGGUUACGUUACGCCAGAUACUGGAAGGUGUGAAGUGUUGGACAGCGGUCUGCGUAUGACCACCCACGUCCGCAGAAUAGUGGAAAAGGCCAUACGUGCAAUUAACACACUGUCGCGGGUAAUGCCCAAUGUUGGCGGACCUAGGGCUAUGAAGAGGAGGACGAUGGCAUCGGCCGUGACUUCUAUAAUAUUGUAUGCUGCUCCAAUUUGGAGAAGAGCUAUACAAUAUCAACACUAUCAAAAUAUGCUGCAAUCUAUGAUUAGGAGAUUGGCCUUACGUAUUACGAGCGCCUACCGCACUGCGCCGACAACGGCAAUACUAGCGUUGGCUGUUGUCAUGCCUAUUAGUAGGUAG